AUGUCUUCUUCAGUUGAUGUGUUAUCUUUUCGCAUUCUUGUCAUCUGUGAUAGGGCUGGUGUUGUCGGAACAGGUGGCUCUGGUGUUGUUGUUGGGUCAUGGAUGUCAAUUAUCAUGAAACGGAUGUUGUCAGGCAGUCUGUUUCUAUUUGUGUGGGGGUUGUCGGAUAUGUAUUUGUCAAGUGAUGAGUUUAACAGCUUUCGACAUGAUGUUUCGGAUACAACUGCAGUUAUCCCAUGUGCACUGCAGUACCAGUCAUAACCUCUUCUGAAAAUCAGAUCUUUGCAGAUCGGACAUGUUGCUUGGUACCAGGUGUUUUGGAAGUGAAAGUCCUUGAUUGAAGCUUGUACCAUGAAUGUUUUAUCCUAUAGGCAAAGGUGACCUGGUUGUGGGAGUACAAAAUGGUGUGUAUUUGUAAAAAGUUGUAUUAGUGCUAUCAUCUUACCAGCAGAUCAGAUCGGGUUUUCAGUUUCAUGUCAUGUAAGGUUGAGUGGGUUCCAGAUGGUGUCGGCACUGGCCUUGAGGGUCCUGUGAAUCUGAGGUCGUAUACUUGUUGAUAUAUGAUAUCGAUGAUAUGAAGGAUAAUAUUGUUCUGUAAUGUAUGUCACUUACAAAUUAAUCAGUGUUGUUGUCUCCGGUAUAUCUGGAUUCACAUAGAUAUGUGUAGCAUGUGAUGACCCAUGUCGUAAUGCUCCUGUAUGUAAGUUAGUUGGUGAUUAAGGGCAUCAGAGGA